AUGUCAAAUAAAAUAAUUAAUGAAUUUAUAUUUGAGGAUGGUGAAUGGAUUUCACAAAGGGAGGCUCGUAUUCGUCAAAUAAUUGUUUUUAUUUUCCGUUUUGCUUUAGGAAUAUUUUUUAGUGCUCAUUUAUGGGAUUUUAUGUUUAAUCCAAUUUGGAUGCACGGUUAUCUUUGGUCAUUAAAUCAGCCUUAUUUAAUGGAAGGAGGAGAUUCUUUAUCUGAAAAAUCAGCUUUGGAUAUUUUAGAAUAUCAAAAUAAAUUUUAUGGUCCCUGGCAUCAAAUGGGAUAUUCUUUAGUGAGUACUUUGGGGACUUGGCUGAUUUUACGUUUUGCUGGCUUUGCUUCUGUUGAUCGCUCAGUUUGGCGUCUUAUUUUAAUUUCUAUUUUUUGUGGAUUUAUUACAGCAUUUAUUCGUUCAUUUUUACAACAACAAAGACUAUUUCCUUGUAUUCAUGAAAGUUUUUUUGUAUUUUUACUUAUUUUCUUUAAUGGAAUUUGUUUGGCAAUUAAUUGGCAUAAAAAAGAGGAAAAGGAAUUUAUUAAUUUAAAAGAAAAUAAAAAAGAAAAAUAA